GGUGAAGUAGCGGAGUAUUAAGCUUCUCUUUGGCUCACAGCAUGUCAGGUUUCUGUUACUAUUGCUAACUGACUGUCUAUUCUAGCUUUAAGAAUAAGAUGGGAGACAUAAGAAGAUCUGUUUCAGUGAUAUGUCCCAUACAAUUAGGCCAAGCGCAGUCAACCGAUUUUUACGGCACAUGAUCGGGGUCUGCAUUUUCUGGCGACAAACGUCGUAGGACUGCCACGGCUAAAACAUGAAAACAUUUUGUUUACUAUUGUUCCAGACCGAUGUGACACCUUGGACCAAUAUGACCCGAGAGUCAUAUCGGUCAAGACCAAUAUGACACCAGGGUCAUACCGGUCCAGGGAGGGUCAUAUUGGUCUGGGACUUAUUGGAUGUUUUGAACUAAGCCAAAAAUUUGGCUUAUUUUAGAUUUAUCUGGAUAAUUCUCCAAAUUGGCUAGAAAAAAUGAAUUUUUUAAGCAGCUGCUUCGUUUGUUAUUCCUCUGCUUUAAUUGCCUCUAAGGAAACACCUUUUUGUCGAUCAUUUCCUUUGAGACCUUUGCGUUUCCUUUGUAAGGUAAAACAAAGAAAGUUAGGUGUUAAAAAAAAUUCAACCCAAUGGUGUUCCUUGUUGCAGUUUGAAUCAAUUCGCUUUUGAUAGUGCCAUAAGACCAAUUGAACAUUUGUGCAUAUCGUCUAGAUUUAGAAGGCCAAAGACAUUAGAUUUCAAAGGCCUUACAAUAUUUGAUAACAAAAUAAAUUUUUAAUAGGCAUUAUUGUUGCCAUUCUGUUUUCUAUCUUUUCGCAUUGUUGAGUUCCUCGUUUUAUUCUUUAAAUCUACUUGCUGAAAGUAUGUAUUUGUUCGUCGUCUGUGAAGCAGCUCUACUGCCGUGGUCUCUUCAUUUCAUUGAAAUUUGUUAAGCUUCUGUCAUGGCCUGCGCGCGCUGCAAAAAUACAUUGAAAUUGUGUCAAUCAACAAUAGGCAGAAACAACGCCAAACGGCAAGGAGCAAUCCAACGUAAAAUAAUGUGAUAUGAUAAGCUAAAAGUUUCAAAAGAUUGUCUAAUUCGCCUGGAAAAGCCGGCAGAGCUUUCGCUUGCCAUUUCUUAAAACAAAUUGCAAUCGAGGCUAGUAACCUCGGGGGUCAUAUUGGUCCAGUUGGAGUCAGUCAUAUUGGUCUGGACAGUCAUAUUGGUCUGGACCGAUAUGACCCUGGAGUCAUAUUGGUCUGGACAGUCAUAUUGGUUUGGAGAGUCAUGUUGGUCUGGACCGAUAUGACCCUGGAGUCAUAUUGGUCUGGAUAUUCAUAUUGGUCUGGAACACUAUCAAAGCCUCUUGUUAUCGGGCGUUGAAUUUAACUAGCAGAUAGGGAGAUUGCUUAUGCAACCUAAAAGGCAUUGAACUAAGGCAGGAUCCUUGCAUAAUCUCAGCUUCUUGUAAUGAGACUUCGUCGAUCUAUUUCUUUUGUACUACGUGGCAAAUCGGCAAGGGCCUUUUUUGAGAAACCUUGUGGCAGGCAUGCAAAAGAAGAAAUGGAGGAAGCUUUUAUUUAAAUACACUACAAAAUUGCGAUGAAAUGGCGAUGCUUUUUUAAAUCAUUACAUAGCUUCCUCCUUUUCUGUAGGUGGCUUGGUUGCUUUACUGUUGUGGUUAAGGCCAAUUAAAAAUCUCCCAACUCUUAAACACAGUUCUCCGAAUCAUUCCCCGCGCAUGAUGCCAAAGUGAAUGUGCAGUUUCUACCAAUCACAGUGGCUCAGGUUCUAUGUCUACUCUGAAGGGAUGUGGCCUAGUCAUUCCAAUAUUUGUCGUCCUUAAUAAUGUAAAAAGACAUUGAUAUCAUCAAAAUAUAGUUUGCUUUUCUCAAUAAUACCGUAUGAUAAGUGCAUAAGAAACUGUCAUAGAAAAACUCGCCGCUACUGACAUUUUCACGUAAAAGCACUCUCCACAAUGCCUUUGUCAUACUUUACAAGCCUCUAUCACAAGAGCAUGAUUGUAUUUUGUCAUUGGGAGUGAUAAAUUUUAGACGAAUUAACCUAACUUCUUUUUAAUGUCUGUUAUAUACAGCAAGAGAGUAAAGGGAGUGAAUCGUAAGGUUUUUACAUUUUUUUAAAAGUUUGAAGGGUCUUUAAAGGAACGAAUACCGAUUUUACACUUGCAUCAGGGCCUGCGCCAAAAAUGGGGGGGCAAGGGGGGAAGAUCUUCCCAAUUUUUCGCUAAAUAAAAACAGCUUAAAUUGUUCAUAAAGAUAAACAUUUAGAUUACAACAAACACGUUGAACCAAGAGACACAAGUAGAGCAACGUCGAAAUGUUUGCCACAGUUGGGUCUAGAGGGGGUGUAUUCAGUGGCAUGGGCCUUGUACAUACAUUUUAGAUUUCAUUAUCCUUUAUGUAAGAUGUAUGUUGGAAAUCAUUCUAAGAUAGCAAAUAUGAGAUCAAAUCACGCUGAAGAUAUUUGAGUAUUAACGCACUUUGUCGUCACUACAUAGAAACUAAUUGGCUUGUUGAUUUUGGUCAAUUAUUUUGCCAAUGCCUAAUUGGUGUCAUGCAAUGGCGUGCUGGGGAUGAGAUCGCAGGGGGGGCAAAGAGUUAAAAUGGCGCCCCUAAUUUAGCUAACUUCAAAUUUUCCUUCAAAGUUUUGGUAAUGUGCAGAACAGUAUAAGAUAUAAGAGCCUGGAGGCACGCAGAUCUGUAUCUUUUUCUGUGAACGUCCAGGUGAUCUCCACCAACGCGUAGCAUGACACGAAAUCAAAUUUGUUUCUUGUGCUUCACGAAUUUUCGGAAAUAUUUCCAAUAAUGCCUUGAAAACUGAAACAUAUCUAAAAAUAGAAACUGCUAAUUUUCUCUGUCCUGCAAUACCUCCGAUUUGUAUUUAAGCUUUCUAAAUAUGGUUGAGAACAGACAACUAGCCCUUCUAAUUACUGCACCUACGCGAAAAGCCCUGCCGCCGGAUCAGCAUAACCAUCUUUAAAAAAUGUUUCAAUUUUCUGCUAAUUAGAUUGUAAAUUCGCUGCAAACCUUUCGCAAUAGCUCACAAUCCCUUUUUAUAUAUGAACCCGUAAAUUUAUGUUCCGGCUGGCUGCUGUCUAUUUCCACACAACUAUUUUCCACACCACACGUCUAUUGCAAAAUUCAUUGAAUUUCAGGCCCAUUCAGGCAAUCUUUUUUCAAUGAAGAAACAAUAUUCGGGCAAGAUCCUUAAUAGAUCACCCUCCCCCCCCCUCCCUUCCCUCCCCCUGUAACAGGUUUACUCUCCUGUCACAUGUCACGCAUGCGCCGUUAAUUACUUAUCAUAUGAUUUUUAUUUAUAUAUAUUGUAAAUAGAGAUUUGAUUGAGAGUUUUUAGUUGAUUUGGUUUAUGAAAGAUGAUCACGUAAAAGUGCGUGAUUAUUUGCCUCACGCUCUACCAAUCAGUGUUAUGAAACGCCUCUUACACCCCAUCCCCCCCACCUAACGCUUCGCCUCCGCUACACUCAUGAGCAAAGGCAAUGGCCAUAUUAAAGGUAUAAAACUGAGAUGAACUGCUGAAAGAUUCUAUAAAUGUGAUUUAUUUUCAAACAUUAUAUACAUUUGCAAAAGACCUGCAUAAGUAAACUCAAGCAGGCCGAAAGAGAAGACCGCUGAAGCAAAUGAUUUUGAAAAUUCACGGCACUUUUCAGAACAAUCGAACCGCUCAAUUACAGCAACAGUUGAGGGUCGAUUUAAAGCGUAUAGAUUUUAAAGCAAGCGAUAAUGAAAAUGUAAAAAUAAUAACAAUUUCAUAUAAAGUUGGGGUUUCACAGACAAAAAUCUUGCUAAUUAGAAAAACUGUGCACAGUAAGAGACAUGCAAAGAAAUAGAUUCUACUAUUUACAAAACAGCUUUAAUCAUUAAUGUUUUUGAUGUGUUUUUUAAGAGUCUUAAACCAACAAUAGAAAUCCAUACUUUAUUAAGUUAAAAAACAAUUUUGCAAAGAAGUCUUUUAGGUGAAAGUCGCUUUCUUAAGUCAACAGGAAUAAUAUGGUGAUAAGAGCCAACAGAAAAUUGAUGGGUGGUGUUGUCCCUGAUGACUGAUGUUGUGAUGUCUUUGCUGAUGAUUAUAAUGUCAAAAAUGAUGGCUAUGGUGACAUGGCUGAGGCUGUGGUGUCACAUCUGCUGUCCGCGGUGUCAUGGCCGAUGAGCAUGAUGUCGGGGUUGAUGACCGUGAUGUCAUGGUCGAUAACAGUGAAGAACGCCCAUUUAUAAGUUACCAUGACAGCGCCUCAAUGCCAAUUUCUUAAUAUAUUAUGAAAAUUUGGGCUAUCUUGAAAAUUGGAAUGUGGAAUGCUGGAAUGUUGGAAUGUUGGAAUAUUGAAAUGUUGGAUGGGUUAUGUUUUCUAAAACCUUUAUAACUACAUCCUAACAAGUACAUUUGUAUUUAUUUUGGGUUCAUCAAUACAAGAACUUAUCGUGAAGGAAGGUACUGCCAUGCAAAGCAUAAAUUUCUUCUAUUCACAUUCCAACAUUCCAACAUUCUACGUCUUGGCUGGACAAUUUAAAGUACCCUAACAGCAUCCAAAGGCCUUUUUGCAAUACAUUAAUUAAGAUUGUAAUUUCCUUUUAUGUAAGAAUCAAGAAUUUUUUUGAUAAAGAGAAUUUGUUAAACUUAUAUAGCUUGGAAGCUUGGAAGAUUGGUCGCGGUUUAGCAGACGAUUUCGCUGGAUUAGAAAGAGAGAGUUUAGGGUCUCCUUCCUAACUGCAGUAUAUGACUCAAUAGUAUUUUUGUCAUCUCAUCAAAUUUUUAUUCCAAUCGCACAAUUUUGCGUGACUCAAAUUGACUUUUUAUCAAAAUUAACAACGAAGACAAUAAUUGAUUCGAAUAGCUAUUGUUCUUAACCAUGGGUAGCUUAUUACAUUUUAAAUUGGUUUUUUUUCUUUACCUUAUGCUAAAAGACCAACCACCAGUUUAAUUUUUUCUUAAACUAGUUGAAAGAUUUCAGCAAUCAUCGAUUCAAGGCGUAAUUCACCGAUUCUAGAAUUCUGGAUAUCUAUUUACCGUUGUAAAUGUGCUAAAUAUAUAGUGGCCAUGAUUCUUUAAUGUUUGAUUUCUUUGCCUGAAAUUUUAUGUUUUCGAAAUUUUAUUGCACCAUUUAAGUCAGGCAAUGCUCAAAGUUGGCGUAAUGUGUAUUUUAGAUUAUUUUUCAGCGAAAAUCAUCAGGAGAAUAAUGAAAACAAAAGUAUAAAUGGAUCCUUGAUGAUUGCAUUACUAAUAAAACUCGAAGCACCAACUUAAAAUCUUCCUGUUCUACACACAAAUCGUAAAGAUCCUAUGUCCACGGUGUUCACUGCAAAAAGCAGUAAACAGCAAUCUUUUUUACAUUGAGUAGUACUGUAUAGCACCUGAUAUCACGCCUGGUAUAGAGGGAUUUCGCAGAGCCUACAAAGAUGAUUUUUUGGAGGAUGUUUCAUAGGCUUGUUAAAGGCAGUCUCUUCCCCAUUGUUCUCAGAAUCUCUUAUCAUGGCCACGAUAUUCAUACACCAUUGUUUUGAUGCACAACUUACCAAUUAGAAUGAAGAACCACAAUAGCCUACUUGCCCAGAGCGAGUUGUUGUGAAUUUUGUUUUGGUGUCAAAGGUCUAAGUCAGUUACGAGGAUAUAAAGAUUAAGAAUUUUUGUCGCGUUCACCCACAAUAACCAAUGUCGAAUUGUGUGAGGUUUUUGAGUUAGAAUAAGCCAAUCACGGAGGGAACAUACUGCCUUCAACUAAGGAUAGACGCACUCUGUGGGUAUUGGCAUCGAAAAAUGAGUCAUAAAUGAGAUCAUAGCAACUUUGAAGUCAAUAAUUUCAUAGAUAUUAGAGUAGAGUGAAUGGAGGCUCUAAGAGUUUAUUCUUGUCGUUUCUUUGCCAAUCCUAUUUAUAUUUCUAUCACUUUGAGAGGUAGUUGCUAAUUUCUGCGAAAUGCCAGUUUAAGCAUAUUUCCUAACAGAAUACAUGCUUGCCACCAGUUAAGUUUUUGUUCAGGAAAUUUAAUCUUAUCCUUACCUUAAUGCAAUUGCUUGAGCAUUGGUUCAUUUGCGUCAGGAGGGUUACACAUGAAGCGCAAAGAUUCGCGUAUACGUGAAAAUUAAUUAUUCAUCGAGUCCUACAGCAAUAUACGACAAUCCUUCUGUUUGCUUCUGGAUACUCGCCUCGCAAAUAAGCGUGUAGACGCUGUAAACGUCACAAAUUGAUUGUGGAAACGUGCGUAUUCUUUUGAAUUCUUUGUUGAUACUGUUUGCCAUUGAAUUACCGAUUAGCUUUGGAUACUGAUGUAAAAAGUCUGUUGCGAAAUUUCUUUGAUCAGCAAAAUCGGUUUUUUGGACGAUACCAAAUAAACGUGCUUGAUGCUGGACUAUGAACUAAUGGAAAGCAAUCAGAAAUUGUAAACAUGUCGGCGGAUAUCUGACUUCGGCAGACCAGUUUUUGCUUAGAAACGCCAAUUUUGUUGCUCAUUUAAAGCGGUAGUGUUCGUUCAGCUUCCUUCAAGACAUUGAUAUAUUCACCAUGAUGACAGCCUUUUUCUAAAUACUCUGUAUAGCUCGCCAGUGACUUUCACAAAAAUUUGCAGGCACGCAAGUGCAGCUUUACUCUGAAGUUGCCUCCAUCAACUAUUUCUUUGCGAUGAACUCUGGUGUGUGCACGGAAAGAACAGGUCGUCUUUUGGAUGGUGCGUAAUACACCUUCUACAUAGUGUUUUUGAUGAAACCUUCGUGGAGGUAGUUGAAGAAAGUUGUUCUCAAUUCACAGAGGAAAACACUGUAUCAUUGCUUGGUUGUCUUCAUUCAGAAUCCAGACAUGUCUCUGAAUAUUUCAACUUAUCAGCCUUUGAAUAUGACAAACACGAGCACCAAUAAUUCAGGAUUAAUUCAGAUGUAUCCAAUUACACCAGCUUCUCUCAAGAUUGCUACAAGAAUAAUCUACGUUAUGAUAUUCAUCACUGGGGUCAUUGGAAAUAUCAUGGUUUGCUAUAUCAUCAUCAAGCGGUACCAAGGCAACAAACGACGAAGCAUUCAUAACUUCACAUUGAAUUUAGCCCUCUCGGACCUUCUUGUCCUGUUUAUCUACCUACCGUCGCAGUUGCAUCUAUUUGAAACAAGCAUGAAAUGGAAGCUUGGUGAAGUCAUGUGUCGUCUCACCUACCUUAUUGUUCCUUUGAGCGUCUAUGCUUCCAUCGGAACAUUGAUAGCCAUUAGCAGAGAUCGGUAUUAUGCUGUCAUACAUCCCAUGGCGUCACUAGAAAGAAGGAGCACAAAACGCGCGCUGCUAUGUAUAUGGGUUGUGUCUUUCGUAUUCACAAUCCCACUGAUUGCAGUUGCGAGAAUACAGGAGGGAUAUUGUACAGAAGCAUGGCCUAAGCAAUUUCUUUACUGUUUUUAUUGGAUAUUGGCCUUCUGCGUGCAGUUUGCUAUACCAGUAUUUUUACUCACAAUUGCCCAUGCAUUGAUCGUUGUGCACCUAAAAAAGCUGAAGCUACCCACGGUUAAUCACCAACGAGUUCGUGUUCAGGCAAGACGUCGACAACAACAACGCAUGAUUGUCAUGUCCGUAACCCUAGUGUUAGUCUACGUGAUAUGUAUGUUGCCCCAGCAUAUCAUCUUCUUCUGGAUGUCAUACGGGAACCUACAGUCUCAACCAUAUAACAUGUACAUAUUCCAAGUUGCAAACCUUUUGCAAAUUCUAAACAGUGCCCUUAAUCCUGUGGUGUAUGGGACCUUGAAUAACGACAUCAAAAGGGGGUUUGUCAGCGUUUUUAAACGAGGCAGCAAAGCACGGCAAAACUUUACUAUUUUGAACAGGAAAAAUCUAGAGUUGCAAACGAUGACGUCAUAUUACGCAUCACCUUUGUUACAGUCACGCGUGAGUCAUCAGAACUCGAGUGCCAAUGGGAGGCUCGGGGCGAAUGAAAGCAAAAGCAUUUCCAAAAGAAAGCGCGAAUCAAAUUUCAACCGAAGCAGGAAUUUGGCUGUUUCUGACCUCAGACGCAAGACAAGAUCAGCUAAGUAUCUUUUUGAGGAAGACAGUGUAAUACUUCAUCAAAACGUCAAUGGCGAUGCGGAGGAGGGCGUAUCUUCGUCUUAAAUAUCUUUCAUGCUAAAAUAUUGUGUUGGCUUGGUAUGACGUCAAUCAGGAAGCUCCUGGCCUUUCUGGAUAAUAAGCGUUGCUCAGAAGCAAAUUUUUUUUGAAGAACUGUGUAUAUUCUUAAAAUAUCAAAAUGUCUGAGGGACAAAUAUAAUUUUAUAUAUGCAUACUUUAUUGUACUCUUGUUUCCAUCAGAUGGAAAACUGUUAUGUAAUGUGACUGUUGAUAGAAAAAAGAACCUAGAUUUGAAGUAGACUUUCACUGAAUAUCCAAGUGAGACAUUUUUAUGAAACUAGUAUUCUAUAAAAUGAAAUUUAGAGAGUGUGGAAAAAGCAUCGUUAUGAAUUUAUUUCCGGAGAAAAUUCUCUCCACCCAAUUUCCAUUCUUGAGACCAAGCCGUGACGUUUUCUGUCCCCUAUAAGAUGAGAUUUUAGAGGAAAUUGUGUAAAAAUAUCACGUUUGCUUCGUACCAUGAUGCUACUCACACAAACGUCUCAAAGACGAAAUUAUGCCCAUUUUUGGUUUAUACGAAAACAUUAUCAAGAAAUUCAAAUGAUUUUGGUUAAAAAAGACUCUUCUAAAGAGACAAACAUCAACUGGAAAUUUAGAAACUCUUUCUGUUAAUAUUUUGUAUUAUUAUAAUAAUUUUUCAACACAUGUAAAACAAUAAACAACUACACAGAAGAGUUCUUGGUAGAAGAAUGUGCGUAUUUUGCCUGCUAAAAACAUUGUUCACAAACUGCAAGCUGCGGAGUUAAACAAGUGGAUCUAGAAACACUGACAUACGUAAGAAACUACAAGUUUUAAAACAAAGUUUCCUUUGAAAAAAAUAGCCGUGACCCUGAAUCAAAGGUGCUUUUCGAUGGUUUUGACACUGAUUGGAAUGAAAAGCCUCGCAGGAUAAUCAAGAAUAGAUUACUCGUAACAUUGUAAUAUCUUUAUAGUCCUUGUACAAAGCAGUUUUUUCCUUCUGCUUAUUCCAGUUCUCAUUCAACCACUUACAACCCUCCGAAAUGCUUUGUUUAUUCACAGCCAUAGAUAAUAAAGCAUGUUUUGUUUCAGAAACCUGUUUACUCUUUCAAUUUACGCAUCUAAAUAUACAGAUGUAAGUGUGCCCAUGCUUCCGAAAAUAUCUUCAAAGACGUCAAAAGAGAGUUUAAAUAUUCUUAUUGGUUGGAGCGGUUGUGAUGGUUUGCUUCCAAAUAUGAAGUCAACGUUUGUUUUCAUUGUUACAGUCAAUAUGAAAUGUUAUUUAACCCGAGGACAAUUUCAUCAUUUAAAUGCCCUGAGGGAAAGGAAAAGAUGUCGAGAGUAGAAUUCUAUUUAUCAAAUGGCACCUGUUUUCGUUUUGGUGAUGUGACAAAUUCCUCUUCUUAAAUCGGCAAUAUCUCAUGAAUAUUUUUACCAUAAACAUGUUAAAAUAAUGUACUCUUAAUGACUUUUUGUUGUAAAUCAGAAUUCGAUUCUAUGCAGUGGUAGUUGUAAAAUAAAUCCGGGGAGCAGGGUAGGCCGUGAUACGAGUGCCUCUAACUUGCGCAUGAUCUACGCCUUAGAAAGAUGUGCGCCUUUUUUCCUCAGUGGCAAACAACUAGGAGCCCCUUGAAGCUCAAAGUAUCAAGGGAGCUCCAAGGGGCUCCUAGUUGAAAAGGCCCAAGUAAAGGCAUUUUCUAUGCAUUUGAAUUAUUUUCCCAACCACUACCUUCCAAC